CUCUGCUUCCGCCUUGAUAACGCCCUGGUGGGAGCUCUCAUAGGUCGAGGCGGAACUAGAAUACGAGAACUUGAGGAUUCUUCAGGUUCCAGGAUAAAGGUUAUAAAAGGAAACAAUGAUGCUGAAGUGAAGAUUUUUGGCAGCGUUGCUGUGCAAAAUAAAGCCAAGAUGUUGAUUGACAAUGCUCUUGCAAGUUCUGGACAAAACUACGUUAGAAGUGGGACUGAGAAAGAUUCCAUCAAACAGCAGCAUUUUGGUGUUAACUCUGCAGAAGAAGACUUGGACAUAACCAAACCUGCGAAUGCCCCAAUGAAAUCAGUGAUUGACUGGGCCUCUCUUCGAAAAAAUGCAGCUAAAUAUGAAGCCAUGAAGUGGGCAGGCUUGCCUCCAGUUGAGAAAAACUUCUAUAAAGAAUCGUCAAGGACUGCAUCUAUGUCGCAGGAGGAAGUGGAAAUGUGGCGGAAAGAAAACAAUAACAUCAUUUGUGAUGACUUAAAAGAAGGUGAAAAGCGCUGUAUUCCCAAUCCGGUUUGUAAAUUUGAAGAUGCAUUUGAGCUUUAUCCUGAUAUUAUGGAUAAUAUAAGGAAAGUUGGUUUUCAAAAUCCUACACCAAUUCAGUCUCAGGCUUGGCCGAUCAUACUCCAAGGAAUCGAUCUUAUUGGUAUAGCACAGACUGGUACCGGGAAGACAUUAGCGUACCUGAUCCCUGGAUUCAUUCACUUGACUUCACAACCACUAUCCAAGGAUCAGCGAGGGGGGCCAGGAAUGCUAGUCCUUGCUCCCACUCGAGAACUGGCGCUUCAAGUAGAGGCAGAGUGUUUGAAGUACGCAUACAAAGGAAUUAAGAGUAUUUGCAUAUAUGGUGGUGGGGACCGAAAAGGACAGAUAGACAUGGUUACCAAAGGUGUGGAUAUUGUUAUCGCUACUCCUGGCAGACUGAAUGAUCUUCAAAUGAGCAACUUCAUAAAUUUGAGGAGCAUAACAUACUUGGUUUUAGAUGAGGCUGACAGAAUGUUGGAUAUGGGAUUUGAACCUCAGAUAAUGAAGAUCCUGAUAGAUGUGCGGCCUGACAGACAAACUGUUAUGACAAGUGCUACUUGGCCUGAUGGUGUUCGUCGCCUAGCAAAAUCCUAUUUGAAAAAUCCUAUGAUUGUAUAUGUUGGCACUCUUGACUUAACGGCAGUAAAUACAGUUGAACAGAGAGUUGUUGUUAUCGAUGAGGAAGAAAAAAGAGCUUUCGUGCAAGACUUUGUAGAGUCAAUGAAGCCAAAAGAUAAGGUCAUCAUUUUUGUGGGGAAAAAAAUUACAGCUGAUGAUUUAUCAAGUGAGUUUAGUCUCCAAGGAAUUCCAGUACAGUCACUUCAUGGUAACAGGGAACAGUAUGAUCGAGAACAGGCUUUAGAUGACUUUAGGAAAGGCAAAGUCAGAAUACUGGUAGCUACUGACUUAGCAUCCCGUGGCCUUGAUGUGCAUGAUAUCACCCAUGUUUUCAACUUUGACUUCCCUCGCAACAUCGAAGAAUAUGUUCAUAGAAUAGGUCGCACUGGAAGAGCAGGACGUACUGGAGAGGCAGUAACACUUAUCACUAGGAGCAAUUGGAGGGUUGCGUCUGAGCUGAUUGAAAUUCUGGAAAGAUCAAACCAAGCGGUUCCUGAUGAGCUUAUUGUCAUGGCAGAAAGAUACAAACAAUUUCAACUCAAGAAAGAAAUGGAGAGGGAUUUUCAGAGACCUCAGAGAAUGCCCUUAAAGUAACUAAUCUGUUCAAGUUACAAAAAUGAAGUAAGUCAUUAUAGUUAGUUAUAGUACCUAUGGGCUUGAGUUUAGAAGUUUCUUUUCUGGGUUGAUUGUUUUUCGUACUUGACUCAUUUAAUUGGAAUCUGUUUUAAAAAGUGGCUUAGAAAAGAAAACUGGAUUUACUCUUUAUAGAAAUAAACCUAGUUUUGCACUUGGACACUAUUUUAACUUAAGUAUUAUUUUCACUAUUUUUUCUUGUAUUGUGUGUAACUUCUAAAGCCAUUAUCUGUUGGUUAAAAACAAAUACUGUGGGUUUGUUUGGUGGGGUUUCUUUUAGUUAAAUGCAGUAUUGGUAGAUAAGAAUGUAAGGUGAAGGGUCUGGAGCACAAGUCUAGUAAGGAGCAGCUGAGGGGCCUGGGGUUGUUUAGCCUGGAGAAGAGGAGGCUGAGGGGGGACCUCAUUGCUCUCUACAGCUCCCUGAGAAGAGGCUGUAGUGAGGCAGGUGUUGGUCUUUUCUCCCAAGUAACAAGUGAUAGGAUGAGAGGAAAUGGCCUCAAGUUGCACCAGGGGAUGUUUAGAUUGGAUAUUAGGAAAAAUUUCUUUAGUGAAAGAGUGGUGAAGCACUGAAACAGGCUGCCCAGGGAAGUGGUUGAGUCACCAUCCCGGGAGGCGUUCAAAAAAACAUGUAGGCAUGGCACUUUGGGACAGGGUUUAGUAGGCACAGUGGUGUUGGGCUGACAGUUGGACUUGAUUGUCUUAGAAUCAUAGAAUCGUUAAGGUUGGAAAAGAGUUCUGUGAACUAAUCUUUGCUGAAGCGGGGGGGGGGGUUGGCUAACUUAUUUUAAAAUGUAAAUAUAAUAAACUACUUAUUAUUCAGAUGCUGUAUUCUCUCUGCUCAGUUUUGCUGGUGAUGGUCAUCUGUAGAAGG